GGUGGAGUCGAGGCAACAGAUCAUCAGAUCACACUCACAGAUGCAAAGCCUGAAAUUAACUUAAUUACUAGUUAGGUCUCUGGUUGACUCUUACCCUUUGCAGGUUUUGUUCUGUGAUCUCCUCACAGGUGUGACACACAUUCAGCAGCAGAAGAGGAAGACGUUUCACUAUGUCUAUAGGGCUGGAGUUGAUAGGCAUCUCUCUGUGCAUUUUGGGAUGGAUUAUUGCCAUUGUGGCGUGCGCCCUCCCCAUGUGGAGGGUGACGGCCUUCAUCGGCAGCAACAUCGUGACGGCUCAGAUCAUCUGGGAGGGCCUGUGGAUGACCUGCGUGGUCCAGAGCACAGGCCAGAUGCAGUGUAAGGUCUACGACUCCAUGCUCGCUCUCUCCCAAGACCUCCAAGCUGCCCGUGCCCUCACCGUCAUCUCCAUCCUGUUGGCCAUUCUGGCCGUGCUCAUUGCCAUUGCUGGGGCCAAGUGCACCAACUGCAUUGAUGACGAGGCGUCCAAGGCCAAGGUGAUGAUUAUCUCUGGUGUCUUCUUCAUUAUAUCUGGGGUCAUGCAGCUCAUUCCUGUCUCCUGGUCAGCCAACACCAUAAUCAGGGACUUCUACAAUCCUUUACUUACUGACGCUCAGCGAAGGGAGCUGGGGGCCGCGCUGUACAUCGGCUGGGCAGCAGCUGCCCUCCUGGUUCUCGGUGGCGGACUGCUCUGCUGCUCCUGUCCGCCACGCGAGACCAGAUACAACCCGUCAAGAAUGGUUUACUCUGCCCCACGGUCCGCAGGUGGCCCAGGGUUAGAAAGGAAAGACUAUGUAUGAAAGGUCAAAGAGGAAAAAACAUUACUGGAUCUCAAACCUGCUCUCCACACCAAAGUGAGGCUGUUCUGAGGAAACAAGGAGACUCCGCAAUGAAGGAUAUGUUUGAAUUGACCUUUAAUGUUAAGUAUGUCUGAAGUUGGCUCUUUGUUUUUCGGAGACUAAAAAGUAUGCAGAGAGACAUUUGACAUUUGAGUGGAAUUUGUUUUGUUUGUUUCAAAACAAAAACCAGAAAAAAAGGCCUCAGUGCUCACACUAAAUAUUAUCGUCCUUGUACAAUCACAUAUUUUUUUAAUACAGUCCUGGCUUCUUAAUGUUUACAGCUGAAUUUAAAAAAAACAAACAAAAAAACCUGCCAUUACUGCUUCACGUGUCACCUUCAUAAUAAGGCACUUCUGUGUACAAAAUGGAAGAAGAAGAAGAAGGAUGUGAUAUCAGAAUCAUGUGUUGUAAAUACUAUAGUAUGAGUAUCAUUAAUCACCUGUAAUUCAUUCAAUGCAGCUUUUAGUGCAGUGUGGUAAGGGUGGGGGUGGCAGAGGACUUUGAAUGCUUUACAGCGUCCACUGAGGCAGCACAAAAACACCUGUGUCCAUCCACAACAAUUGUUAUCUUUGUGUCUUAUAAACCACUGCUGUAUAUGUAUCUCACAAAUGUUUUUUUUUUUUUAAUAAAUGUGCCUUUUUAAAAAAUA